UCUGCUGGAUCAGCUCCAUUAUCCAUCUAUCUGAGCAAAGUAACCAUGGCUUUUACCAGCUACAAACUUUGUACUUCUAAAAUCACACUAUCUACUCUUCUACUACUCUUGUUCUUCUGUUGCCCUAAUCCAUCAUCAGCCACAGCCUCCAAAGUGUUCAAGAAAAUUUAUGCGUUUGGAGACUCGUUCACAGACACAGGCAACACAAACUCCAGCACUGGCUCCAUCUUCUUCACCCAUGUAUCAAACCCACCCUACGGCCGCACAUUCUUCCACCGCCCCACCAACCGCUACUCCGACGGCCGCCUCGUCAUCGAUUUCGUCGCCCAAGCUCUCUCUCUGCCCUUCUUGCCGCCCUACAUGGACCCAAAUGCCGACAGAUCUCACGGUAUCAGCUUUGCUGUUGCUGGCGCCACUGCUAUAAGCUACAGGUUCUUCGAGAAGAACAAUGUUAGUCUAGACAUUACUCCUCAGUCUCUUGGAACGCAGCUGGGAUGGUUCAAUAGGUACUUGGAGAGUGUUGGGUGCAGAGACUACAAAACCACUCCUAUGCAGUGUGGGGAUGUGUUUGAUGAUGCAUUGUUUUGGGUUGGUGCAAUUGGUGCCGGCGACUAUGCAUUUACCUUUGGCUCUUCUAUACCAAGGAAAACUCUUCGCCAGCUUGCUAUCACUAAUAUUAAUGGCUUCAUACAGGCAUUGCUAAAGAAGGGCGCAAAGUACAUGGUGGUGGAAGGCCUGCCGACGUUAGGCUGCCUAACCGCAAACCUCUACUUGUACACCGACCGUGACGCCAUUGGCUGCGCCGCCACCGUGAACAACGAGAGCUACGCCCACAACGCCGUCCUCCAAGCCAACCUCCGCUCCUUCCGCCACCAUUUCCCUCAGGCUACCAUCGUCUACGCCGACUACUGGAGCGCCUACGCCGCCGUCCUUGCCAACCCCGCCAAGUACGGCAUCGCAGAGCCCUUCAGAGCCUGCUGCGGCUCCGCCACCGGCGUCCGGUUGAACUUCGACAUCUUCGAGACGUGUGGUUCGCCCCACACCACGUCUUGCCCGGACCCUUCCAAGUACAUCAAUUGGGACGGCGGCCAUCUCACGGAAGCCAUGUACAAGGCUGUUGCGGAUGAGCUCCUCAAUGGCACGUUUUGUCACCCUCCCUUUGGUUACUUGCUUAGCAAGAAAAUGUCAUCUCAUUAGAAUAUUAUGUGUGCUCCUAUUUUCUACUCUCAACUUCUAUCUCACUUUCAAAUUCUUGAUUUCAACAAUUUUUUAGAGGGACCCACUUAAUUAAUAAAAAUAGUCCAUUCUUAAAAAUUGUCAUGUCAAGAAGUAAUUAAGAGUGAGUGAGUAGAAUUUAGGAGUACGUAUAAAGCAGAAGUCUUUUAUGUUAUGUGUCGUCGAGUUGGCACGUAGUAUCGCUGGACCGUGGUGUUUGUGGGUUAGGUUAUGUGAAAUGUAAUGUAAUGUUUACGUCUAUGCAUGAAUUGAACUUUUCUGUGUAAUAAUAUUGCCAUUUCUAUGAAAUUAAUUUUAUGCUGU